UGCAAAAUUAAAUUGUUAGAUAGAAAAUUGUAUGGAUUGAUCGCGUUAUUGUGCGGCCGCGCCGAUAGCUAAAUGUAAAUAUAAAUACGAUGGAAUGAGAAGGAAGAUUGUUGAUUACUCAUCAAACAAAUCCAUUUUAGACGAUGACUGGAGACGAGAUAUACAGGAAAAAUUUUCUUCAUAAGUCUGAGAAGAGGAGCAACAACGCUAGCGCUUGUUUGCCUUGAUUUCCCCGGAAUUUUUGGUCACAUCGAUGCACGUGUGUUUAAGCUCGGUCAUUUCGUACGAUUGGAAGUCGUUCAUUGUCGGUGAAGGCCUCCAAAAGUUGGAAUUUUUUCGGUCAUCGUCCAAGCGGCGGCUGUUUACGCAAUUUCGCCUAUCGGUAUCGCUGGCAAGAUCGUUCAACUCCUUCAGGCUUCAGAAAUCGUGCGCAGCGUACAUUGCCUUCACGUUACGUUCAAUUAUGUAAGUAAAGAAAUUAAGUCUUUGAGCGUGUUUGGUAAUUACUUAUAAUUUUUGGCCGGGAAAUCGGUUUAGCAGGUCCAGGUUCAUCUGAAAAGCCCAAGGAGGUGAUUAGGUUCAUCGCCAACCCGCUUUCAACCCUCUUAGCCCUUUUUAGGAACUGUUGGAUUUUCCAAGGUAGGGUUGACUCAGCAAGUUUCGCACAUCAGGGAAACGCCUUCGAAACUGCUACAGCCUAAAUUGUCCAGGUUCGCAAUUAGAAGACCGACCACCGAAGCACUUUCGCCUUAAGAGCAUGUUCGGUCGGAGCAUCCGGAUUUUGGGUGGUUGUGCCGUCGUGCAAGACGGCGCAGUUGGGCGGAAGACUGCCCAGAAACGACAGCACAUGGAUACCAUCGACGAUCAAAAAGGACCGCACACCACCGUGCAUUUCGAAGAACACUCGGAAGCGUCUACGAUGCGUGAUGGUCACGUCGACACUUCCGAAUCUCACAUGACGCACGACCGGCAGGACGAGAAGUCUCGGACCGAUCAGGAUGCUGCACAGGCCAGUGCUUCGGGAGCCGAUGGCGAGCCGGCAGAAGUUGCAUGUGCCAAACAAGUCCAGGCUCUGCAGUCGCAAAUUCAGGGUGCGGUAGUGGAGUGCACUGUCAACUUUGUCGCAGGUGGACAAGAAACUUUUGUUGGCGUGGAUGUGCAUGGAAAAAUGUGCACUGCUUCUCUCGCAACCUUCGUGAAAUGUGAGGAACACAAACACGUCACGAACAAGUAGGACGCUCGAAAGAAGCAGUCAGGCUUGCAUGGCGAUCCGAGAGUGCCGCAGAUUUUUAUCUCAGUUUGCACUCACAAAUUUUUUUUACAUCAGUCUAAUUUUGGGCGAAUGACACAGUAACUCAAAGUGUCGCUAUUCAAGGUUGCCAAGAUUGAAAUUUCAGCGGAGGAAGCAUUAUUUAUCAAUACUUUACGGAACUUAUCGAAAAAAAUAAAUACACCAGAAGCCGUUUAUUUAUUUUGGCGGACAAUCCUGUUUCUAUUGAUUCUCUUUGUCUUUCUCAGUCUCAUUGUCAAUCUCUUUUCCUUCGCACUCCAGGUUUGCUUCUGAUUACGAGUUGUCAGUAUAAUCCCCGGAGUUGAGUACAUCGCCAUCAUCUCUUCUACAUCUCGUUGUAUCUGAAUCUAGUUUAACACUUUCCUUUGCUAAAUCUUGUUAUGAUGAUUUUCUCUGUAUCGGACGUCAUCUGUCAGGUGUUUGGAAGGUCACUGAGUCUCGUCGUACGAGCAACGAUUCCUAAGGGAGGCACGGGCGCAAACCAUGGCAGUGAUGAAGUAACACGAAACCUGAUUAUGUUUGUGUGUCGUACCAGUAUCGCCGCUCUGGAUGCACUAGCAGAU